GUUUUAAUUACCUAGAUCAAUUUUCAGUAUGGCGACUCAAAACAAACGUAUUGUCUAUGUUGGGGGUUUGGCAGAGGAGGUGGAUGAGAAGACCCUGCAUGCAGCCUUCAUUCCAUUCGGUGACAUACUGGACAUUCAGGUUCCUUUGGACUAUGAGACAGAAAAACACAGAGGAUUUGCCUUCGUUGAGUUUGAAUUGGCUGAGGAUGCAGCAGCAGCCAUUGAUAACAUGAAUGAUUCAGAGAUGUUUGGCCGCACGCUGAGAGUAAACAUGGCCAAACCAAUGAAGAUCAAGGAUGGCAGUUCUAGAGCAGUGUGGUCUGAGGACACAUGGCUCCAGGAAUACGCAGGGAAGACAACAGACAAAAAGUCAAAUGAGGCUCCACAAGGGGACACCAAAGAGUCUGUUGAAUCAGAUGCCCCGCCCAUUAAGAAACAGAGAACUGGGAACCCCCAGGUUUAUCUGGACAUAAAGGUUGGCAGCAGCACAGGAAGAAUAGUAAUAGAACUUCGGGCUGAUAUUGUUCCCAAAACAGCAGAGAAUUUCCGGUGUUUAUGUUCCCAUGAGAAAGGCUUUGGUUACAAAGGCAGCACAUUUCAUCGAGUCAUACCACAGUUUAUGUGUCAGGGCGGAGAUUUCACAAAUCACAAUGGCACAGGCGGCAAGUCAAUAUAUGGGCGUAAAUUUGAGGAUGAAAACUUCACAUUAAAACACACAGGACCAGGUAUCUUAUCCAUGGCAAAUUCAGGUCCCAACACAAAUGGUUCACAGUUUUUUGUUUGCACAGAAAAAACAGACUGGUUAGAUAAUAAACAUGUUGUGUUUGGGAAGGUGAUAGAAGGAUUGGAUGUUGUCAGGAAAAUGGAGGCAUGUGGAACAAAAUCUGGAAAACCCACACAGAAAAUUGUCGUCACAAAUUGUGGAGAACUUGUAUAGCAAUAAAAAAUAUAUAAUCUAA